CUUCGUCUGUCAAAAGAUACAUACGCGAGUUUCGCACGUAAGAGAAGGUAAAAAGUUGAUUGAAGUGAGCUUACCUCCAUGCUUGUCAGAUUUUGGUGUGGAAGCCAUCAUAGUCGACCGUUCCUUCGUAUUUAAACGAUACCACAGAGUCUCAACAUUUUUGCAAACAGCCGCGUCGUGAGUUACGAAGCAGUGGCUGCCGCACUGUUUUCAGUCUGAUAUAAAUCCGACUUGCACCGCUACAUCUUCGUUCGUCGGCCAUUUUUCAAGAGGCUCCGGGGAUAAUAAACGCCAUCUGCUGACGAAUAAUGAUAAACUACGCCGACAAGAUGGCCGACACAGUGUUCAUCGCGGCGUACUGACCAGUGAACGUAUUACUUUGAAUCCUUCUACGUUUCUUACCGUGAUAACGUGAGCUUAUAAAAAUUCUGAGAUCUUGAACCUGUCGUUCGACGCAUCGACCGUCAAAGACGCCGCUCGCGAAAAGCUUGCGAUGAUAGGGCGGUGGCGCGAUCGUCGUACAUUCUUGCGAACAAGUUUUAACCGUGCUGUACCAUAGUGCGUACACUCCAAAUAGAAAAUUCAAAGUUCUCUUUCGGACUUCUCUUACGUACGGAAAGAUAUACGGCGGAAAAGAGCGCGUCAUUCGAACGCGUAAAGAGUAACCGAUUGGAUUAUUUCGAAGAUGGGGAAUAUUGGAUUGCAACAACAUUACGAGACUGCCAAGAAGACGGGAGCAUUGAGAUUGUCGCAAAAGAAAUUGGACGAAUUUCCAUCGAAUCUACGUACAUUGGCACAUCUUUUACGUAACUUGGAUAUUUCGGAGAAUAAAUUUACUAGAUUACCCGAUGAGAUCGGCGAGUUUACAUUGUUGAAACAGAUCAAUUUGAGUCGUAACAGGCUUACAACAUUACCAGAGAUCAUUGGUCUUUUGUCGAAAUUAGAAUGUUUCAAUGGAAGUUCGAAUUACAUAGAAAAGAUACCGCGUUCCUUUUCAAAAUUAUCCCAUUUGAAACAAGUCAAUCUUUCUGACAAUCGCAUUACCGAAUUCCCUUUAAUGUUUUGCGAUUUGAAACAUCUCGACGUAUUGGAUCUGUCGAAGAAUAAAUUAACGAUAAUACCGGAUGCUGCUUCCUUACUUUCGGUAACCGAAUUAAAUCUCAAUCAAAAUCAAAUUUCUAUUAUAUCGGAUAGAAUCGCCGAAUGUUCGCGUCUGAAAACUUUACGGCUAGAAGAAAACUGUUUACAAUUGAACGCCAUACCAACCAGGAUAUUGAAAGAGUCUAAGAUAUCGAUGUUAGCGUUGACAGGGAAUCUCUUCGAGAUGAAACAAUUCGCUGACGUUGAAGGAUACGACGAUUAUAUGGAGAGAUAUACAGCGGUGAAAAAGAAAAUGUUUUAAACUCAUCAAGAUUACGAACACAUCUCGUUGUCACAUUAGAAUUAAUAGUAAACGCACAUACAGUUUCUCACGUACUUUUUCGAUUCUAUCCUUCCUCCCCUACGCCGUCAAAUUUAUCAUCGUGUAAUUCUUUAACGACUUUGUAUAUAUAUACACACACACACACACACACACCCGCAUAUAUAUAUAUAUAUAUAUAUAUAUAUAUAUAUAUAUUUGUACCUAUUUCGUGCAAAUUUUAUGAAAAAUAAAUUAUAUCUUAUAUAUUUAUUUUUAAUAUGACCUAAUGUAUUAUUAAACUAUCCUUUACAUGCGACGUAUAUUUCAUGUAAAUCUUAAUGGAAUAUUUGUUUGAGAUUUUCUACAAUUAUAGACAUUAUUUUUAAUACUAUUUUUCGGAAGUUAUGGUUGAAGAAAAUAAUAGCAAGAAAAAUUCAUUGAAUACGUUAUGGACGUGACUGUACCUCGAUGUAGAGAGAACAUACUGACUAAUUUAUAAAACAACUAUGUAUAAAAAUUUGUAUGAAACUUUUGCAAAUUUUCAUAUUGAAAAUUACUAUAAUUCAUAGAUGAUAAUUAUCGUAUUAAUUUUCACUCGUAAUCGAUAACUUUUUUAAUUGUUUAUAUUAUAUCUGCAUCGUGAUACGAUUACGAACAGCGAUCAAUCCUGUAGUCUGAACAUUUUGGGCCCUGUUCUUUAUAGGAGAAAAAUUAAGUAUUAUAAGUACAUAUGCAUAUAUAUUUUAUAUAAAUAUUUGAAAGAUUAUUUAUUCAGUUUCAACGUUUGUGAAAAGUGUUAGACAAAAUAUUUGGUUAUAAACGAAUACUUAAAAAAUUUCUAAUUAGAAAUGUUGAAAAAAGCCAUGAUUAGUAAAAAAGUAAAAAUGGUGGAGGGUAGACAUUUUAAAGGAUACGAUCCUAUGACGUCCAUGUCAACGCCGGUAGUGCAUGCUUGACUAACGUAGUGUUUCAAGCAAGUGUUUCUUCCAAGAUGGCGAACGUAGCUCGUUCGAAUUUUCAAGUAACACAAUGAAAAGGUAUACCGAGCCUUAUUCUCGGUUGUGAUGUAUUUCAUUGAGGAAAAUUCGUGUUGGUGAUCCGACGUCCUCGGACGUCGCGCGUUGUCGCGCGUGACUCGCGUGGAAGUGAUUACGGGCCGCCUGUGCGUGCCGCUCGUGCGUGCCGCCCGUGCGUGUCUCGUCGUUCAUUUGCCACGAAAGAAGAUAGAAGAAAAAAGAAAGGAAGGGAAUAAAUAAAUAAAGAAAUAAAUCAACGACGGGAAAGAGUUGAGAACAACAACGUUGAAGCAACGAUAAAAACAAAAAACAAAAAAGACAAGAUUUAUAUAAAAAAUUGCAAGAGGAAGAAGGGGGGGAAGAAAAUUAAAAAAAAAUAUACAUAUAAUAAAAAGAAAAAGUGAAAAGGGUGGUAGGAAGGAAGGAAGGAAGGAAGGAAGGAAGGAAGGAAGGAAGUAAAAGAACCGUAAAAAGAGGAAGCAAAGGAGAAAUUGAAAAAAGACAUAGAUAGAUAGAUAGAUGGACGGAUAGAUAGAGAGAGCGAGAGAGGGAGAGGGAGAGAGAGAGAGAGAGAGAAAGAGAGAAAGAAAAAAAUAAAGGAAGAAAGAAAGAAAUAUAAAAAAAAGGAAGAAAGGGAGAGAAGAUAGAGAGGUUGGCUUUUUUAUCCGCAGCAACGCGUGAGUACGCGUCGCCGUCUUUCGACGGGGGCGGAUUGACCGUCUCUGUCGUUGCUGCUUUUGCUUCUGCUCCGCCUCCUGCUGCUGCUCUUGUAUCGUAUCGUAUCGUAUCGUAUCGUAUCGUAUCGUCUUGUCUCGUCUCGUCUCGUCUCAUCUCGUCUCGUCUCGUCUCGUCUCGUCUCGUCCCGUCUUGUCUCGUCUCGUCUCGUCUCGUCUAGUCUCGUCUGGUGUUUUAUCGUUAACUUGAACGAGUCUCUCUAUGACCGAACACAUUUGCAAAUAUCUGACGCAAAUUCGAAAAUGAGGCAGGAACGUUGCAAGUGAUUUCUACCAGAGGAAAGCCCCGAGGUACGAAGAUCCCCCUGCAGAAUG